AGGAUAUGCCUAUCCUGCUGGCUUUGGAAUGAGACCUAUUGCAGAAACUUUUUACACUAUUGAGCCCCUCAUACCAUCAGCCAGGGAGGGUACUAUGGGUCCGGUGUCUGUUACUGUGUAUAAAUCUGGUAAUAUUUUUGCUGCUAGUUCGGUUCAAAUCACAACAGUUAUGUCUUCUAGUGCCAAUGCAGCAACAAUUGGUACUGAUUUGCAGACACAGUCUUCCACUGUUAAUUUUGCUGCUGGUCAAACUUCAGCUGUUACAAAUUUCAGUUUCAUUAAUGAUGCCAAUCCAGAACCAUUUGAAACAUUUUUGGUUGGUUUUGUUCCAGGCCAAAACAUUAAUAUUGGAACGCCAUCACAAGCUGAGCUGGGAAUAAUUGAUGAUGACUCUGUCACUAUAAUGUUUGGUCCUGUAACUUACACUGUCACUGAGGGUGACAGUAAUGUAAUGCUUAAUAUCACAUUUGUGACAUCUCAACCUCUUCUUGAAGCAUCCACUAUUAGAAUAACCAGUAUACCAACUCCUGGAGCAACUAAUCAAGCUACUGCUGGAGUGGAUUAUGUGGCUUUUAAUCAAACCAUCACUCUACCUGCUGGCUCUACAGGACAUUAUUACACUGUCACCAUCCUUUCUAAUUCAGAGGCUGAACCAGCCGAACAAUUCAGUGCAUCUUUAGAAUUUGUUAGUGGAACUCCAUUGACAGUUACUGGACCUGAUGCUACUGUAACUAUUAAUGAUGAUGAUGCCGAGUCACUAACUGUAUCAAGUAUUGAAUCCACUACUUCAUUGAAUGUAAUACCAUCAACCAGUAAUGCCAAGAAUAUAUCUACUACAACAUCAAUUGGGCAUAGUUUAUCAAGAAUAAUACCAUCAUACAGUAUUACAACAUCUUUGAUGACCG